GAAACAUGAGGUUCAGAAACAAACUGUCACUUACCUCACCCUCUUUUUUUCCUCACACACAACACAAUGCAAGUUCUUCAUGCUCCAUCUUCUCCACACUUCUCUAUCCAAACCUCAAAAGCACCACAACUAACAUGGGGUUUGCUUCCUUCUGUGAGUGUAAACUCUUCACCUUUUUCAGCCCUUCAUUUUUCUCUUCACUCCCAAAGGGACCAGCGUUUAUUAUGGAGCCAUAAAAGGGUCACCUCCAGAGCUGCUUCUGUUGAAGUUGGGGAUUCUUCAGUAUCAACUGGAACGGCUGAGGAUGAUGUGUUGAAAGCCUUGUCUCAGAUCAUUGAUCCAGACUUUGGAACAGAUAUUGUUACAUGUGGAUUUGUGAAAGACCUGCAUAUUGAUAAAGCUCUAGGAGAGGUAUCGUUUCGGUUAGAGCUCACUACACCAGCAUGUCCAAUCAAGGACGUGUUUGAGCAGAAGGCAAAUGAAGUGGUGGCAAUGCUCCCUUGGGUCAAGAAUGUAAAAGUUACAAUGUCUGCACAACCAGCUAGACCCAUAUAUGCCGAGCAACUUCCAGCAGGUCUACAGACAAUUUCAAAUAUUGUGGCUGUGUCCAGUUGCAAGGGGGGCGUGGGAAAAUCAACUGUAGCAGUAAACCUUGCUUACACUUUGGCUGAUAUGGGUGCUAGAGUUGGUAUAUUUGAUGCUGAUGUUUAUGGUCCAAGCUUACCAACUAUGGUCUCUCCUGAAAACCGACUGUUAGUAAUGAAUCCAGAGAAGAAGACCAUAAUUCCAACUGAAUACUUGGGAGUGAAGUUGAUCUCUUUUGGAUUUGCUGGACAAGGACGUGCAAUAAUGCGUGGCCCCAUGGUUUCUGGAGUCAUUGAUCAACUUCUGACUACUACUGAGUGGGGUGAGCUGGAUUACCUCAUUAUUGACAUGCCUCCUGGAACUGGAGAUAUUCAACUCACAUUAUGCCAGGUAGUUCCAUUAACUGCUGCUGUAAUUGUUACCACUCCUCAAAAGCUGUCGUUCAUUGAUGUUGCAAAAGGAGUUCGGAUGUUUUCAAAACUUAAGGUGCCUUGUGUUGCUGUUGUGGAGAAUAUGUGUCAUUUUGAUGCUGAUGGAAAACGAUAUUACCCAUUUGGCAGAGGUUCAGGUUCUCAGGUUGUUCAGCAGUUUGGAAUACCUCAUCUAUUUGAUCUCCCUAUUAGACCAACUCUCUCUGCUUCUGGAGACAGUGGAAUGCCUGAAGUGGUAGCUGAUCCUCAAGGUGAAGUUUCCAAGAUAUUCCAAAAUCUAGGAGUAUGUGUUGUUCAGCAGUGUGCCAAAAUACGCCAACAAGUUUCAACUGCGGUCACCUAUGAUAAAUCAAUCAAGGCAAUCAAAGUGAAGGUACCAGAUUCAAAGGAAGAAUUCUUUCUGCAUCCUGCAACAGUGAGACGGAAUGAUCGCUCUGCUCAAAGUGUGGAUGAAUGGACGGGGGAGCAGAAAUUGCAGUACAGUGAUAUUCCUGAAGAUAUUGAACCUGAAGAAAUUCGACCAAUGGGAAAUUAUGCAGUUUCAAUAACUUGGCCUGAUGGGUUUAGUCAGAUUGCUCCUUAUGAUCAAUUGCAGAUGAUUGAACGGCUAGUUGAUGUUUUUGAACCAAGUGUACAAGCAUGAUGAAAAAAAACAUCAGAUGGGUUGUACUGAUGUAGGUGUUGGUAAUAUGGCAAAAAUCAUAUAUACAUGUAUGAUAGCCUCAAUUCAUAGUCCUUCAACAAAUAGGGAUAUUAGAAGAGUCUGAUAGAGCAUUCUGCAAAGGUAUAGGUUGGCCUUGAGAUUCACUGCACUCAACUUUUUUCCUUGGUUUUUGUUGUUCCAUUGGGUAUAAAGCUUUUAUUUUUCAACUGUGAACACAAGUGAAUUAUAUAUUCAUUCACUAGCCUUGUACCAUAAAACCUUCUUCCUUGGGCUUUUCUUUCCUCGGGUACAUUUUGCAAA